ACAAUCUUCUUGUCAAUCAAGUGGGAAGGCAACCCGAAGAUAACGCCCAAAACAAGGCCCGGUGAAAGCGGAAAUGCCUUUAUUCCCUUAACAAAAGCUGCACGGGAGGUGAAGUCCAGUAAGAAAGAACGCGGAAUGACGAAGGCAUAGUAGGAAUAACGAAGGAAGUAUAAUAAAAAUAUAUAAAAAAACAAAAGUAACGUUAUUUUGUUUAUAUGGAGUACACGAUAUGUACAUAAACUAACGCACAAGAGACCAUGGAAAAUGUGCUGAUUUUGAUUUUUAAGUUUGCUAACUGCAAAAAUAACCGUGGGAAAAUAUUUUUUCUUGGAACGCCGCCAUCUCGUGGCUAAAAUGGAGUACUACGCUUAUUUGUUCGUUUAUUUCGACAUGGGAAACUGGUUUAGUUUCCUGUAUACUUCCACCUUGUGGCAAAAACGAAUACUGCCGCUUGUUUUUAUUUAGGUAUUUAAUUUAUUAAAAAUAUACUACUUUCGGCCACGUUGUGGCAGAUUUUCGAAAGAAGAAUAGACAUCUGCUUUUUAAGUAUGUAUCGUUUAAGGCAAGAGAAGGGACUCAUAUCGAGAAUUGAUUUGUCAAGUUUGUUUGCCAUGAAGUAUAAUUAUAGCAGAAAACUGUCCUACAUAUUCUGUAUGUGAGUCAGGGGAAGUGGUUAAAGUACGUACAGAAGUCCUGAUCUAGGCUACGUAUCACUGUGGAGAUGUGUUGUUUAAACUAGCAAAAGCUUUGCAAGCUUCACUUACUGCUAAAGUUAAUUUCAGGUUGCGCUGUAGAGAACCGGGUCCAGAUAUGGUUGCUAGGCAACACGAAAACAUCUAAUGCCGGCAGAGCUCGGAGAAGCAGAAGCAAAACUUCGGUCUGAACCCUUUCCUUGCUGACCGCGUCGAGAGGCAGGAUGAGGGAGCCGAACGACACGCUGGAGCCCAGCGUGAUUGAUGAGGAGAUGCUGCAGAGGGCCGUGGAGGAGCAGGGGCCGCAGGACCCGGAGAACCCGGCCGCAAGCAUCGCUAAGGCGGAGGGUAUCCAGCGGGAGCAUGUGCGCCGGCUGCGCUUGGAUUUCAGGAAAAUUUUAAAGAUCGAUCACCUCUGGGAGUUUACGUGCCUGACCAAACUGCAACUGGACAACAAUGUUAUUAACAAAAUUCAAGGACUAGAAUCUUUGACUAAUUUAGUAUGGCUUGAUCUUUCCUUCAAUCAUAUUGAGGUGAUAGAGGGUCUGAAUACCUUGUUGAAACUGGAGAACCUGAGUUUGUACAACAACAGGAUCUCUGUCAUCGAAAACAUGGAUUCCCUUGUACACCUGCAAGUGGUUUCCCUCGGAAACAAUCUUCUGUCCCAGCUUGACAAUAUUGUUUAUCUGCGGAAGUUUGAGAAUCUGCGCACACUAAACUUAGCAGGAAAUCCCUUUUGCAAAGAUGAAAACUACAAGGCCUUAAUCGCUGCCUACCUCCAAGGCCUGGUCUAUCUGGACUACAGGCUGGUAGAUGAGGCGGCGCGCGAGACGGGACUGGUGAGAUACCAGGACGCCCUGGAGGAGCUGAGGCACGAGGAGGAGGAGGCAACGAGGGCCAUGGAAGCCAAACGCAGGGCUGAGGAGGAGCUGCAGAUGCACAGGGAGGCUUUUGUGGAGUUCCUGAAUGGACCCUAUCUCUUUGAUAGCAUGUAUGCAGGGGAUCCAGAAGCUGCCAAGCUGGCCUGCCUGCCUGGGCUGAAUACACUGCUGGAUUCAUACCGGAGCCAGCAGGUGGUGCUGUGCAUGCAGAUGUUUGAGUUGGGUCUGCAGCAGUGGGAGAGAAGGAAGGCGGAGGUCGACUGCUUCUUCGAGUGCUACCAGGAGGCUGUGGCUGAUAACAGGAAGAGGGGGGCACAGCUGGUGAACGACUUCCAGGGCUCCAUCAGGGAGACCCUAGCAGAGAUGCAGCACUCCACUGAGCCAAGGGUACUGGAGGCCCAGCGGAACCAGUUCAGGGAGGAUCUCAGCCAACUCUGCGACACACUCCUGACUGUGGAGCUCCAACUGGUCAACCAGCUGGAAGACAUCAUCAAGGAGUUUGAGAGGAACGUCUCGGAGAUGAUUGGUGGCUUCCUCGAAACUUUGCAGGGAAUCUUCACCCAGUGCCGCGACCUUGAGAACCAGCACCAUGAGAAACUCCAGGAGAUCGCCUUGGCAACCUUGGAUAGAGUGGCCAAGGGCACAAUGGAACAGGAGAUGCCGGAUGAUGUGCUUGCGCUGUUCGUCGACAAGGACACGCUACAGAGUGCCGUCGGCGCCUCGCACGACAUUCACCUGCUGAGGAUCGACAACCGGGAGGACGAGCUGGUGACGCGCGUCAACAAAUGGGUGACCGAGCUGAUGAAGACGAUACAAAAUGAUGAAGUGAAGCGAAAUCGGAAGCGUAUGGCAGAGAUCUUCCACUACGCGGAUUAUAUGAAGGAGCAGAUGCGAGAAACUUUAGACCAGGAGACCGGGGAUUCUGCACGCAAGUACUGGCGUACUGGGGAGCAUUUGUGAGCCGACUAGCUGCCUUGCUAGCGCUCCCCGCUACCUUCUCCGACUUUCUCUUCACUUUGUGCCGCCUGUCGUCUGCCGUCGGCGC